AUGGACAACGCCGUGUCUGUCCUCUUGGGAUUUCCUCCACCCCAGCCGUUUGCGACAGACGACGACUACGAUAUUGCUGUCAACUCCCACCUGCAACAAAUAGACCAUCUCUUUAGCAAGGAGACUGCUACCAUUGCACGGCAUGGCAUCGAAAUUCUCCAGCUAUUAGAUCCAGCUGUCAACAGCAUUUCCUAUCUCGCCGUCUUCAACACCCUCUCCGAAACCACAUCCUUCCCACCCGAGGCGAGAUUGCAGGCCCUAGUCACAUUUCUUUUGACCUUCGAUGCCAGGCAGAUCCGGUAUGUGGGAAACCACCUCACAACAUGGCUGGACAAGGUGGCAUCAGGCACACUUCUGCCGCACGAUCUCGCAGUCGAAGUUCUAGCCACGGCCAUCCUCCGGCUCGAUCCUAGCGGAGCGAUGCUGACGUCCCAUCACCUAUCCCUUGUGCGACUAGCCUAUGACAACAAUGUCCCCGAGCCAGCCUUCCAAGUCACGGACAAACAAAUCGUCUACUUUCCCGGCAUGUCUCGAGAUCAGGGCUCCGGAAAUCGGACAGAUGUAGCAAUUCAGAAGCCACUCUGCGAUCUGAGCCUCCCCCCAACGGGCUACAUCAUGGUGGAGACAGGCCUCACCACUGCGGUUACAGUUGACCAAGUCCUGCAGUACGACCUCACAUGCGGCCUGCUAUACUGCUCCAAGCGGCAGUGGGUAAAGGCGCGUACGGCGUUCGAGCGAGUCAUCACGCACCCCACACGCGAUGGCGGAGUCAGCAAGAUCAUGACGGAAGCCUUCAAUAAAUGGGUUCUCGUCAGCCUUCUCGUGAACGGACGCACCCCGACCGUGCCUGCCACCACCGGUUCAAACGCCAGCAAGACGUGCGAGACAACGGCAAAGCCCUACUUGUCCAUCGCGGCUCACUUCGACACUAUGGUUGCUGCGUCCCUCAAAGCAUUGGUCGAGGCCAACUCUGCCGUGUGGGCGAACGACAGAAACACGGGACUGGUCCAGGAGGUCCUGGCCGCACACCAGAAGUGGCAGAUCAUUGACCUGAGGAGGAUCUACGCCAAGGUGUCGCUAGCUGAGCUCCGCCAACAGACCUGCAGUGCCGAGACAGGCGACCUUCUGCCCAGCGAUAACGACGUGGAGACGCUGGUCCAAGGCAUGAUCAGCUCCGGCAUGCUAAACGGCGUUAUCGAGAAGCCGGCCGGCAAGCCUCCAUAUCUUAAAUAUCUCUCCGAGUCGGGCGACCUGUCCGAGAAGCAGUACCAGCGCGAGAUCGCCGCCAUCUUCGUCAGGAUGAAGGACCUGGAGGCCAUCUACAAGGCGACCAGCGCGCGCCUGGCCACCAACCCGUUCUAUGUCAAACAGCAUAUCAGGGAGUCGCAGCGCGAGAAGGAGCUGGGCCACAACAAGUCGUCGGCGUUCGAGGCCACCGUCGACGAUGAGGAUCUCAUGACGGGUGUUUCCGAAGGCGGUGCGUUGUAG